UAUCUAGCCAGUUCCCUACCUUAAAUCCGAGAUCACGAAGCCGGGAAAUCUUUAUUCGGUGUCUAUGGAAGAGGAGCAUGCUAACUAAAAUACGAGAGCGGGCGCAAGCUGAGUCGCGGUUAUGGCGUGUUAGGGAUUCGGCGCUCGCGAGGUACGGGUCCCUGCGAUUUCGAUUUGGAUCGAGAAAGAGAGAGAAACGAUGGGGAACCGGAAAAUCCCAAGCUCAGAAACUCAGUUAGGACAAGAGAAGCGGAAGAGGAGAAGGGAAAAGCACAGCUCGUCAGUUGCAAAUAGAGUCGAGUCAAUGGAAGAGAGGAAUAGGCGAAAAAUAUCAGAAGAGAAAAAUGAUGUGAAAUCUACCAAUUUGAAAAGUACUGAUUCCAGUGCACUAAAGAAGUCCAGCUUCAGCGAGUCAAGGCCUGCUAAUUCAAGGAAACAUAGGAGGCAUCGAAAAAGAGGCAUGAAAAGGCAUUCUGAGAGUGGUUCUAUGGUAUGCUCCUCACUCUUAGCUGUUCGAAGUGACACUUCUGCUACAAGGUCAUUUUUACCGGGGAUUGUAGGUAAGGGCCAUAGGUUGAAGAAUAAUAGUAUCAGAACAGCAAUUGGUGAUGCUAAGGGGUCAUCAGAGAAGGGAAAUAGUGCUUUGACAAUAGCUGCUCAUGUUGAUUUAACUAAUGGCAAUAUGCAUACUGAAAUUAGUUCAAACUCGGGUAAUGUAGAAAAUACUCGGUCCAAUAAAAGUCGAAGAGCGAAAAGGAGGAAACAGAAGGAUUUUUCCUUGUCUCAUUAUAGAACUGGACUUGAUCAAGAAAAAUAUUUUGCUUUGAGUUCAUCCAUAUCAGACGUUGCAGAAAUAGAAGGUGUGGGAAAGAAUAAUAUGAAUGCAUCUAUUGAAAAUAAAUCAAUGCCAAUAGCCACGAAAGAAGGUGGUGGUUUGACAAAGACUUCGAAUGAUGAAUCACCAAGCAAUAAUUUCGUCUCCUCCGAAGUACAUCUAGACCAACAUGUAGUAGAAAACCCCAGUUUAAGCCAAAAUAAGAAGGCCACAAAUAAGGUGAUUGACAAGAGCUUGGAUUGCCUUGAUUGUGAUAUUAAACAAAUUCAAGACAAUAAGCCUAACAUUUUGUUGCAGCUUGCUGAAAUUGGUGGUGCAGACACUUCUAAUAGGGAAUCUGCAUCAAGUAAAAUUCGAAGAAGGGUCAGAAAAAAUAAGGCAAGUCAUAAGAGACAUGAAGAGAGAGUUUCAGAUGAUGCUAUUGAACUAAAGAAUGAAGGUUUCUCACAAGGCCAUGCCAGUCCUGUAGGAAGCAAUUUAGAGUUGCUUGCUACUGAUGAAAAGCAGGGACCAAGUUUGCCUCCUUCACCAAUUAGAGGCGUUAUAGAGAAUUUUGCAUCUUCAGGUUUACCUGACAAAGAAGACGAUCAGUUCCAUUUAUUCAAAAAGGGGGAUGCUAAUUUCUCUUUCCAUGUGGACCAUGAUCUCAUGGAUGGCAUAUCUGUGAAUCAUUCUGAGAAGGCAUCUACUUCAAAGAGGGAAGCUGCAUCAGAGAAUAUGAAACCUGCAGAUCAUAAAGAUUAUGUUUCAAAUGUAAUGCCUUUGUCAAAUCAUAGAGAUGCAACUCAUUAUCAGGAUGAGAGCGAAGUGCCUUCUUUAUUGGUGAACCAUGCUAUGGAGCAUUGUAUCUCCAUAGAUUUGUCCAGGAACCGGGAUAAGAAACUGGAUGUGCUGCAUGUUUCACCAGGAAGAUCAUUAAUUACUUACACUAAAAAAAAGUUGCUUGUUCUUGAUCUUAAUGGAGUGCUGGCUGAUGCUGUUCUUGAUUAUCGGAAAACCCUUAAUGCAGAUAAAUGGAUUGACAAACAAGCAGUCUUUAAAAGGCCAUUCUGUGAUGAUUUUCUGAACUUCUGCUUCGAGAAAUUUGAUAUAGGGAUCUGGUCAUCAAAAAAGAAAAAAAAUGUUGGUGCUAUGGUUGAUUAUCUGAUGGGGGAUGCUAAAAAUAGGUUGUUGUUUUGCUGGGAUAGAUCCAAAUGCACUAUCACUGGGUUCUCAACAGUUGAGAAUGUGGAAAAGCCAUUGGUUUUGAAAGAAAUGAAGAAACUAUGGAACAAAGAGGACCCUGAUCUUCCAUGGGAGAAUGGAGAGUAUUUGCCAUCAAAUACAUUGCUGGUGGAUGACUCUCCUUACAAGGCCCUCUGUAAUCCCCUGCACACUGCUAUCUUUCCACAUCCCUACCAUUUUUAUGAUGAAGGUGACAAUUCUAUAGGUCCAGGAGGAGAUCUUCGAGUCUACUUAGAAGGGCUAGCUAUGGCUGACAAUGUCCAACACUAUGUUUGUGCUCACCCAUUUGGCCAGCGAGCAAUAACAACAGCAAAUCCAUCUUGGAAGUUCUACCAACAGAUUAUUGAUAAAUUUGGGAAUUAUUCCUCUCCGACCUGCAAGGCCACUCAUGACCUUUGAGAGCAUCAUCUAACUAAUGGUGACCAAUGAGAAAUAGGAGAUGGAAAAUGAGUAGCAAUGUGAUUUGAAAUUUUGAGGCCAGUAUGUGCAUCCAACAUGAUGAAUGAGGAUGACAGAGUUCGCUUUUUAGGAAUUUAGAACUGAUUUACUGCGAUUGUUUUCACCCCUGCCAACAGUCAAAGCAUUAUCAUGUCAAGCCGGACAAUUGAUCAUCAAGUCGGAUAACUGAUUUUGCAGUUUGACGUUUCACUGUUCCGUGUAUACUGUUGUCAUCUAGUGUGAAAUGUACACGUCUUUUAUUCUUUUUUCUCACAAAAACAUGUCUUCUAUCCGUUAUAUUUUUUCAAUUCUUUGAUAGAAUUGGAGAUCAUUACUUGUUCUCUUUACCAGUAAUUGGGAUGUUGAGUUGAAGAAAGCAUGUGAUCUACUACGAAUGGGUUUCGGGAUGCCAUAAAUAUCUGUCCACUAUUUUCCCAUGAUGUACACCUUGGAUUCAUGAAACUAUUCCAAGAUUUUAGACAUGGUAGUUAGAACAAUCUGAAGUCUUUUUCUUUCCUUUCAAUAUCCCUUUUUGUUUUACUGUAGUACUCUAGGACAUGAUUUUCAUCUUAUUGCCUGGGUGCUAAUUUGCCUCCUCAGGAACUGAAACUUAUUGCGUCAUCAAUGCGGUUGUUU